CAGACCAAUCGCACACCAAUCAAAUGUCAAUCGAAUACGAUUGGUCUUUUUUUAGUAGCAGAAUGCCCGAUAUGGUUAAAACUGCUAUUGCGAUUAGAUUUCUAUUCGAUUUUGACAUUAUUAACUUAGGAGAAUCGGGCCCCUGUAGGCGCGUUUGUAGCCGUUAAUAUAUUCUCAAGUUGCUAUUUAGACUUAUUGCAAGCUAGCGGCUGAAUCAGUAUAACUUAAGUCAUCAAGUAGAAAACAAAUUAUACAAUUAAAGUGCUUACUUAAUUACCAAAGUGAUUAGGUACCAGUACAAUGGAUUACUUUAGCGGCUGGUGUAAAAGUGAAAGAAGGCUCGACGGGUAUACAGCCAUUGUGACCGGGAGCAAUUCCGGGAUGGGCUUGGAGAUAGCUUACGACUUGUAUACAAGAGGGGCUCGCGUGAUAAUGGCUUGCCGCAACAUGGAGAAGGCUGCGGCGGCGCGGGCAGAGCUGCAAACGCGCGGAGGGACGCAGGCGGGCGCGGGCGAGCUGCUGCCGGAGCAGCUGGACCUGUGCAGCGCGCGCAGCGUGCGGCAGUUCGCGCGCCGCGUGACGUCACGCGGGGAGCGCGCGCGCCUGCUCGUGUGCAACGCCGGCGUCAUGAUGUGUCCGCAGAGCCGCAGCGAGGACGGCUUCGAGACGCACAUCGCCGCCAACCACCUCGGACACGCGCUGCUCUCGCUGCUGCUGCUGCCCACACUCAUACAGAAUGCUCCUUCUAGGGUCGUGUUUGUUUCAUCUCGACUUAACGAAUUUUUCAAGCUGGAUCUAGAUGACAUCAACAUAGAGAAGACUCGAUACUCACCGUUGCAAGCUUACGUAAACAGCAAAAUUGCAAACAUAUUAUUUGCCAAAGCAUUGGAUAUUAAACUUAAGGAGCACAACAUAAAAUGCGUGAACACCUACAGCCUGCACCCAGGCAUUGUGAAGACCGACAUAGGGCGCUACUUCCCACAGACGGCUUGGCGUAUCAUCACCUACGGCUUCCAGAACAUUCUGCUCCGCUGGUGCUGGAAGUCACCCCGGUGUGGAGCUCAGACCAGCAUAUACUGUGCUGUCGAUGAGAAGUGCGAGAACGAGAGUGGCUUUUAUUAUAGCGAUUGUGCAAAAACACGGCCGUCGAAACAAUGUCGGAGUGAAGAAGAAGCGAGGAAGCUUUGGGAUAUCACCAUAGACAUGCUCAAACUGCAGGACUACGACCCUUUCACAAGCGACACGUCCUUCGCAUUGCAGGAUAUAAAAGAGGAAAAUGAGUCUGAAAAUGCUCUUUGAAUAAAAAGUUAGAAUAAGGAGAUUGUAAACAGUUAGGUAUCUAUCAACAAAGUAGGGUGUUUAAAUGUAGGUACCUAGUGGGUAAUUUAUUUAUAAGUACAUAUAUGUCGGA